GUCUCGUCUGCCCAGUUGUCUCCAGUAGACGCAGUGAGGCUGGUGUCUGUCGCUCUUUACUUACUUUAGUUUCUUUAUUUUAUUUAACCUGUUUCGGUUAUUAUUAGUAUCUUCUGGUGGGAACUAUGGCUUCUUCAGAUGUUGCUCGGCAACCGUCUCUUCCUCAGGAUAAAGGAGUCCGGCCCCUGGGUCUGGCCGGCCAUGUGGGCUUCGACAGCCUCCCAGAUCAGCUGGUCAACAAGUCCAUAUGUCAGGGCUUCUGCUUCAAUAUUCUCUGCAUCGGUGAAACUGGUAUCGGUAAGUCCACCCUGAUGGACACUCUGUUUAACACCAACUUUGAGAACUUUGAGUCGUCCCACUUUGAGCCUCAGGUGAAGCUGCGGGCUCAAACCUACGACCUGCAGGAGAGCAACGUGCGGCUACGCCUCACUGUGGUCAACACGGUGGGCUUCGGGGACCAGAUGAACAAACAGGAGAGCUACCAGCCGGUGGUGGACUACAUCGACAGGCAGUUUGAGAGUUAUCUCCAGGAGGAGCUGAAGAUCAAACGCUCUCUUCACAACUACCACGACUCUCGAGUCCACGCCUGCCUUUACUUCAUCUCCCCCUCAGGUCACUCUCUCAAGUCUCUGGACCUGGUCACCAUGAAGAAACUAGACAGCAAGGUGAACAUCAUCCCAGUGAUCGCCAAAGCCGACACCAUCAGUAAGAGCGAGCUGCACAAGUUCAAGAUCAAAAUCAUGAGCGAGCUGGUGAGCAAUGGCGUCCAGAUCUACCAGUUCCCCCUCGACGACGAGACCGUCGCUAAGGUCAACACCACCAUGAACGGUCACUUACCGUUUGCUGUAGUCGGCAGCACUGAGGAAGUCUCCGUUGGCAACAAGAUGGUGAAAGCUCGUCAGUAUCCCUGGGGCGUAGUACAAGUGGAGAACGAGAGUCACUGUGACUUUGUGAAGCUGAGGGAGAUGCUGAUCUGUGUGAACAUGGAGGACCUGAGAGAGCAGACACACACUCGCCACUACGAGCUCUACAGACGCUGCAAACUGGAGGAGAUGGGCUUCAAAGACACCGACCCAGAGUGUAAACCAGUCAGCUUGCAGCAGACCUAUGAGGCCAAGCGUCAGGAGUUCCUGGUGGAGCUGCAGAAGAGAGAAGACGAGAUGAGGCAGAUGUUUGUUCAGAGGGUGAAGGAGAAGGAGUCGGAGCUGAAGGAGGCCGAGAGGGAGCUGCAGAGUCGUUUUGAGCAGCUGAAGCGUCUCCACGCAGACGAGAAAGCAGCUCUGGAGGAGAAGAAGAGGCUCCUGGACGACGACCAGAGCUCCUUCGGGAAGAGACGAGCCGCCGCCCAGCUGCUGCAGGCCCAGAGCCUCACCGCCAACGGCAAGAAGGACAAGGACCGCAAGAACUCCGGCUUCAUGUGAAGACACUGGGGAUCUAAAGUCCACUCCAGUAUGACCAGUAUAACCAGUGACAUUCUGGCCAGUCAGACACUAACCAGAGAACACACACACACAAACCAGCAGCGUACGUGUGUGUGUGUGUGUGAGUUUGUGCCAAAGUUUACUGACUGUCCCAUGAACCUGAGUCUGUUCCCCCGACUCUAUUUUUAAUCUUCUCUGUGGGUUUUUUACCUCUGUGUAAUAUUUUAUAUUUAUCCUUUCCACUUUUAUAUAAAAACACUAUUUUUUCUUUUUUUUUGUUUUGUUUCCCUGUUCCCAGUGAGUGUUUAUCCUCACUAGAUGCUCAACACUGAUCACAGGAUUUAAACAGGAUCUAGACACUAAACAGUAACUCUUUAUUGAAAGGGAAUUAUUCAUUUACUUAUAACCCUUUGAUGCACAACAUGGUCUAAAGUGACCCGAUAUGAGUUUUUAUAUUCUAUAUCUUUGCAAUAAAUAUUUUUCAUCA